AUGGCGAGCAAAUCCGGUCUAAGAGAACCGCCGAGUGAGCAAGCAGUUCUAAACAUGUACGAGUCAAUGAGAGCAGAGAUAAGCCAAAUCUACUCCAACAUAACCGACCUCGAGAUGCAAGUGAGCGAACACUCUCUCGUGAUCAACGCAAUUCAGCCUCUCGACCAGUCUAGGAAAUGCUUCCGCAUGAUAGGAGGCGUGCUCGUCGAGAGAACCAUCAGAGAGGUGCUCCCAGCUGUCAACCGCAACAAGGAAGGGCUAGAAGAGGUUGUGAGGAAGCUUUACGAGACGCUGGAGAAGAAGAAGAAAGAUAUGUCGGAGUUUGAAGCUAAGUAUCAGAUCAGGCUAAGGAAGCAAGAAGAUUCCAAGGAAGAAGGUAACAAAAAAGAAGGUAAUGCUCAAGGUGUUCUCGUUGGUGCUGCUAGUUCCAGCCAGUAA